UUGUUUCGGGUUGAUGUAUAUCCUUUGGAAAAGAAAUUUUUCAAGUAUUUACAAAAUAGCAUUCAAUCAUGAAUCACUGGGUUUACCUAAGGAAUUUAUUGCAAACAAUGUAUUACCUUUUUUGUGGCCUCUCUCAAUCGACAAUGGAUUGACUGUACAACAAUACAAAAAUGUGAUGAUGCUUAUAAAAGAGUUAAGCGAAAGUGUCGAAUCGGAGCACGUUCACAAACUGCAACAUCUGAGCAAAGAUGAGAGUAGUUCAUUGCAACUCAACCUCUCGACAUCUGAGAAGCAAAACGUAUGUUUUGCCAGUGAUUCAACAUCAAGUAUUAAAAAAAUUCAUUUAAAACCUGUGACACACCAUGGAAGAGAUAAUCUAAAUUGCAAACAGGAAAUUAUCUCGCCUACAUCAAGUAAUAAUGCUUGUUCUACACCUUGGAUAUCUUACGCAAUAUCGCAGACAACUGAUUUACAGCCGCAACGAACAUAUUUAUCCACAAGCUUCAACAUGAAUUCAAUUUCUCAACCUCACUUCUUCGCAAAUGCCGAAAGUUCGAAUAGUGUUUCAUUAAGCUCAUCGUCUUUACUUCAACCCGCCAAAGUAAUGGGUUCAAAUGAAAAACGUGAUCAAAAAACCAUUUUGACAAAAGAGGACAUUUUAGAAUUUCUGAAGUAGUAUAAAGAUCCGAGAAUAAUACAUUGCGUCGUCCAAUAAAUAGUUUAGUUUGAGAUCACCGUCA